UGAGAUCGAGGUUCGAGCUGGCGAUGUCGGCAUUCCACAGAGUUACAGUUUGGUUGGACCGGAGCCGGAGCGACGGCUUCGUGUGCUCACCAAUGCCGGAGAGGGAGGAGCGGCCGAGAGGAAGGGACGAAGCGAGUUGGAGGUACUGGUCCUUGAAGACGAGGAAGGCGGAGGGGUCGGCGGCGGAGGUGUCGAGGAGGACGUCGCCGGAGGAGCGGCGGGAGACGGCAAAGGAGAACGGGGUGGUGUUGUUGAGGACGAAGACGAGGUCGGAGGAGGCGGCGGAGAUGCGGCGGCAGGAGCCGGAGAGCGGCGGUGGUGGCGGAGCUAGGGUUUGGUUGGGAGGGGAGGGGGACCGGCGAGGGAAGAGGUCGUCGGGGACUUCCCACCGGCGGUGGUCGGCGUUCGUGAUUCGGACUCGGAGACGGCCGCCCGCUUCGAAGCUGGAAGGAGACGACCGUGAUGACGUAAGCCAAAAUUAGCUAUUUUUUUUCUUU